GAUCGGACGUAUCAAUGGGAAAGAUUUGAUAUUGACAACAACAUUCAGAAGCGUGGGAGGCUAGUACAAGAUUUCAUGAUGUCGAGGAAAGGAGGGCGACCAUUGCCCCCUACACCCCCAGAAUAUAGAGAUAACGGUGGAUAUGAGGUGCCAGUUAAUAGGAGAGUUUCACACACGAACGAAGACAAUCCUUACGAUUCAAUUACUGAUAUUGACAGAAGGAUGGUAGUAAGAAAAUUGCCACGCAGUGUCUCUGAAGAAACAAUACAGCUGUAUUUUGAGAGUAAAAGACACCAAGGACGCGAAAUGGUCGUAGAAAAGGUCGAUCUAUACGCAGAGCAAGACGAGGCCAUAGUUACCUUUGAAACAGCUGAAGAUGUAAAUUAUGUUCUCGAAAGACACAAGAGAACUCCAUGCAAAUUACAAAAACAGACUUUAGUUGUGGAGUUGUUUGAAGAGGCAGAAGGUGAUACCAUUGAUGAAGGGAGUAGUCCUAUCAGCUCUCAAGAUUAUUCUGACAUGUACGAGACUGCCAGUGUUAAACAUCAUGAUGAAACAGAUACCAUCGAGGCUCGGGGAUUUUCUGAAUCAUGCAGUGAAGACACGUUGCGUUUCUACUUUGAAAACACGAGACGGUCUGGUGGCGGGGAUAUCAAGUCAUUCACAAUGAAUAGAGAUAAAGGUUUUGCACAUAUCACAUUUCAGGACCGCUCAGUUGUAAAAAAUGUCGUCGGAAGAAAGCAUCAAGUUGAUAAAAGUGAUCUUGAUGUACAUCCUUUCAUUAUAAGCAAAAAGGACUUGCUCCUGGAUGAAGUGCCAUAUGCGUUAACAGAGGAGCAUGUAGCAAAUUUUCUUGAAGCAAAAUUGAAAGCGAUCGCUAUAUCUGUUGUAUUCAAUGUUGACAAAAGUAAAGCUCUCGUGCAGUUUAAAAAUGAGUUUGAUUUUAGCAAAGCCAGAGAAAUAUGCGGGAAAUAUAAAGUAGGCGGGGAGUAUGUAGUACCAGUCCAAGUUCCAGUCACAAACAGUAUAGUUGUGACCAAUAUUCCUGAAGAUGUCACACGUGACGCUGUUGAAGUCUAUUUCGAAAACACACGUCGAAGUAAGGGCGGUGAUACAGUCAAGGUUGAACUACAUAUCGAUGAAGGAUAUUGUCUAGUAUUUUUCAAAGAUCCAAAAGUUGUGCCUAGUGUUUGUGAAAAGAAAGACCAUAAACUUCAUAGCCGCCCUGUCAAUGUUCAGCCUUAUAAUGAAUAUUUCGGUCUUCCAAAUGGCUGUGAAGUGUUAGCAUUCAAGCUUCCUGAAUCAAUUUCUCUAAGAAACCAAAAUCCAUACAAAAUGAAAUUUCUGAAAAAGAACGCUACACAGAAAGCCGCCCUUGAAAAGGAGUUAUUAAAAUGUAAUGCAGAAAUUGUUUGGGAUGAAGAUCCUAUUGUCGUUGAAUGCACUCUGAGUAAAGAUGUCAAGUCUCACAGAAAACUGUUAAAAACAUGGAAUGAAACAGCACAGGAUGUAAUUGAUCAGUUCACUGAUGUUCUCAAGGUCAAAGACAUGAACGUAAAUUCAGAGCUUUGGGAUGAUACAAUGACAGAACUUGGGAGGUUGCAACUGUCGCAUCCGGAUGCUGUUGCGUUAGUCGUGGAGAAAGUUAAUCGGAAGAUAAUACUUGUAGCUCAUAAAGGGCUGGCUGAUGACGUAUGGGGCCAGGUCAGUGAAACAGUUAAGAUUGCUGAAAAGCAACACAAAGAAAGGAAGGAGACUGUCAACGAAGAAAAAGUUCUUGAUGAUUGGAAAAUAAAAUAUUUGAAGUCUGCUGGUUUCCGAAAUGAAAUGUGCGAUGAAUAUGAAAACUUAAAGCUAGACUUUGAAGAAAAGAAAGGAAAGGGAAAGAUUAUUUUAACUGGACCGAAACUAACUGUACAUAACGUUUGGAUAACCAUGUAUGAAAGACUACAAAAUAUUAGACGACGUGAUGUUGAUAUUGGAGAGAAAAAUGCACAGCUCCUUCAGAAUGAAAAUACAAAAGAAAAGCUGCGACAGAAAAUGAAGAAACAACAUGUUUCAGAUGUUAUGGAAAUAAAACGGGACACAGUUGUUUUAUAUGCAGAUGAUGAAGAUGAUCUCACGAAAAUGGAAUCUGCUGUAAACAAAAUGUUUGCUAAGCUAUGCUUUAAUCUAGACUCGGGGACAGAAAGUGUACUAAAGUCAAGUGAAUGGAAAAAUACAGAAAAGACUCUGCAUGAUAAAUUUUCUGGGUGUUUGAUUAUUGAUGUGAAUAGUGGACAGAUUGAGAUAUUUACGUUAGCAGAUAUUCAAAACCGGGUGUCAGCUGAGUUUCAAGGCUUCCUUUCCAAAAAUGCUGUUUAUAAGGAACAGAUGACUUUGUCUCCGCACAUUGUAAUAUUCGUUAAGCGAGUGCUAAGGAGUCAGUUUGAGAGGGAACUACAGACGCUCAAAGGCCGAGGCUUAAAUAUUACCAUUACCUUGGAUGACAAGAAAGGGGCUGUGUCCCUUGAAGGUACAUCAGAUGGUAUGAAAGAAGGCAAAGAAUUGAUACAGAAACUGAAGAAGGGGAUUCAAACCGAACAACACACUCUGAAGCACCGUAAAAUAAAAAGCUAUCUAGCUUGCAGCCAAGGCCAGGACUGUGUGAAAAAGGUUCAAGACAAUACACCAUGUGUUAUUGAUAUGGAAGGUUCGGGUUUCAAGAAAAGUUUCCAUGGCAAGAUGCCAGCUAUGUCAACAUUUGAUAAACCAACCCUUUGUGCUGAAGCGUCUCUCAAACAUGGUGUGAAGUUGAGUGUUUAUGGUGGUGAUAUAACUGCCCUAGAUGUUGAGGUAUUGGUGAACGCUGCAAAUAAAGAGCUAAAACACGCUGGUGGACUUGCUGCCGUUAUUGUUAAUAAAGGUGGUAAGGAAAUUCAGAGUGAGUGUGAUGGCCGGGUAAGGAAUAAGGGUCCAUUGUCAGACGGUAAAGUGUACAUGAGUGGAGCUGGUAAAUUACAAUGUAAGGGUAUUGCACAUGCUGUUGGACCGCACUGGAGAGGUGGAGGAGAUGGAGAGGAAAUGUGUCUUCAGACGGCCGUCUUUACCUGUCUAGAGAAAACAGAAAAGAGAAACUUUAAGUCAAUCGCCAUGCCUGCAUUAAGCGCAGGAAUGUUUCAUUAUCCUGUCGAUAUGUCCUGUAUGGCUAUUGUUAAGGCAGUCGAUCAACAUUUUAAGAGUAACAGAUCAUGUAUAAAAGAAGUUGUAUUGUGUGAUAUCAGCCAAUCCACGGUCAGCGCCUUCGCCACUGCAGUACAAAACGUUGUUCCAAAUACGAAAGUACAUGUGAACCUUGGCCAGGGCGAUGGACCGAAACCAUCAUGGCUGAUCAAUACAGAUGAUGACAAAAGAAAUGCUGCUGCAGGAGGACAUAUGAAAGUUGGCCUGGUGAAGGCAGAACUAGCGAAAGAAAAGGUUGACGUGAUAGUGAAUUCGGCAGCCCCAGAUCUUCAACUGAGAAGAGGAGCUUCCUCAAAUGCCAUUUUAAAAGCUGCGGGAGACAGGAUUCAACAGGAAUGUGACCAGAACUAUCCAAACGGUAUACAAGUUGGCGAAGUCGCUGUUACUUCAGCUGGUAAAUUGAAAUGUACAAAGGUUUUCCAUAUUGCCAUUAAACACUAUGACAGAGAUAAUCGACGUGAAUGCUUAAAGGGUGUUGGGCAAUGUGUAAAAGCUUGCUUAGAGGAAGCAGAUCAGAUAGGAUUAAAAUCAAUAUCGUUCCCUGCAAUGGGAACAGGCGCACAACGAUACCCGAGAGACAUGGUUGCCAAAGAAAUGUUUAAAACAAUAUCAACAUUCUUUAAAGACAAUCCAGGUUCAUCUUUAAAAACUGUUCGACUUGUGAUAUACACAGAAGAUGAUGAAACUUUUGAGGCUUUUAUAACCGAGGAAAAGAAUUGGGUUGGUGAUACCUCCCACCACAGACAGCCAUCGGCAGGGAGAAGAGUUGCAAAAACUGGUAUAGGAAAACUUACCAAGGAGUCUCGAGGAAAAGCUUCCUUCUUGAUUGGAAAAUUAAAAAUGGAAAUUUAUGAAGGAGAUAUCACUGAGGAAGACGCGAUGGCAAUCGUAGCUAGCUGCAAUAUGGAUCUAGAUCUCAGUAAAGGUGCAGUGACAAAAGCUCUUCUAAGGAAAGGAGGCAACGCUAUAGAACAAGACUGCAAGCAGCAGAAGGAUACUAUGAAGAAAGAUGGAAUCGCAAUAACAACAGCGGGUAAACUGCGUUCGAAAUACAUUAUCCAUGUGGACACAAAGUACAAGACAUGGGAGUGGAAGCCGGUGGUAUUGUCGUGUUUAAAGAUAGCUGAGAAACAUAAAUUUGCAAGUGUAGCAUUCCCAGCGCUAGGAACGAGUGUCGGCUGCAAACCCGAAGCUAUAGCAGAUGUGGUUGCUUCUGCUAUCGGUGACUUUCUGCGAGACAAUCCUAGCCACCUGCAAGAAAUUAGAAUGGUGAUAUUCAAGAAGGAUAUGGUACCUGAUUUUAUCGACGGGAUGAAGAAUUCCGUUCAGGGCCAAACUGGAAGCGGCGACAGUAAUGCUGAUGACAAACAAAGACAGCAUAACAGACAAUCCGGUAGUCGUCACCAGCAUAAAGCGCCUAAAGAUGAAGCUGAAGAUUCGUGUACUAUAACGAUAUAUGCAGAGAGUACAGAAAAAAUACGAAGGGCUAAAUCUGUUUUUGAUAAAAUCGUAAAGGAUGAGUGGCACAUUAAGAAAAUUGAAGACCAAGGCAUUCACAGACUUUCUUCAAAAAACAUAGACGAAAUAAAAAAGAUGGCUAAGAAUUACCAUGUCGAAGUUCAUGUUGAUACUGAUGUUGGUACAAUAGAAGUUAUAGGUCUGGUUGCAAAUGUCAUUAAUGUGAAUGAUGUCAUACAUAACCAGCUUAGAUCUGCUGAUAUGUCAUUCUAUAUGAAGGGACAUGCACAGCUCAUGUCAAACAUAGUCAGAUGGAUCUAUCUGAAAGAUCAGAAAGAAUACCCUUUCCCUGAUAAAAUCAAUCUUGAAAUAGAAAAUGCGUACAGGAAGAAAGACAAAAACGUUAAGAUUAAGGACAGAUCGGGAGGAGAAUAUGAAAUUGACUUUGUAAAUAUGGAAGAACAUGACGUUAAACAACCGAACAAAAAAUUUCCCAUAAUCAGGAGGGACCUUAUCGCAGGUGCAAGUCUAGAUAUACCGAAGAAGUGGAGAACUAUGAAUGAUAAGGAGAAUCUGGCUGUCGUAACACUGGAUCCAAACAGUCAAGAGCAUUCAAAUGUUGUUACAGAAUUCAAGCAAACCUUAAAUGCGAAUCCUACUAUUGUCAGGGUCGAGAGAAUCCAGAACAAAACGUUGUAUACGCAAUACUCGGCUAAACGUAAGGAGAUGAAUAACAACAACCCGAAGAAGAAGGACAAUGAGCGAGUCCUUUGGCACGGAACCGCUGACGAUGCUGUACAAAGUAUUAACUCACAUGGAUUUAAUAGGAGUUAUUGCGGGAAAAAUGCCACUGCUUUUGGUAUGGGAGUUUACUUUGCUGUACAAUCUGCGUACUCAAACCAGUCUACCUAUUCUCCACCUGGAAGAGAUGGUAACAAACGAAUGUACCGGUGUCUUGUUCUGACUGGAAAAUAUUGUACAGGCAACGGUGGAAUGAGAGUACCUCCAGCUGUGGAUCAGUCUAAACCACAUAUUCUCUACGAUUCUGUAACAAAUAACACAUCGAGCCCAAGCAUGUUUGUUAUCUUCAAUGACACACAAGCCUACCCAGAACACCUCAUUGUUUAUAAGUAGGGAUGCUGGGUUUAAGAGAAUGUUGACAGUUAUACCAAAACAAUAAAAAAUGAAACAUAAAUUGAUCAAGACAUAGUGUUAACGUAAAUAUUUUUUUCAUUUGGACCAGAGUUACAGAUAUUUAUAGUAUUUUACAUAAUUUUGUACCAUGUCCAUAUAUUGUUUACAAAUGAUUUGCAUUUUUGGACGCCCGUUUGAAAAACGGGACGUAUUAUGGGAACACCCCUGGCGGGCAGGAGGGUGGACGGCGUCCACAGACUUGUCUGGAGCAUAUCCUCCUUAUGCAUGGAGAGAUUUUGAUGAGACUUGGCACAAUUGUUCACCAUCAUGAGACGGAGUGUCAGGCCCAAGAACCAGGGCCCUAUGUCGAAGGUCAAAGUCACACUUAGAGGUUAAAGGUCAAAUUCAAGAAUGACUUUGUCCGGAGCAUAUCUUCUUCAUGCCUGGAGGGACUUUUAUGUAACUUGGCACAAUUGUUCACCAUCAUGAGGCUGAGUGUCAUGCGCAAGAACCAUGUCCCAAGGUCUAAGGUCAAGGUCACACUUACAGGUCAAAGGAUACAAGAAUGAAACCUUUGUCCGGAGCAUUUCUUCAGCAUGCAUGGAGGGAUUUUGAUAUAACUUGGCAAAAAUGUUCACCACUACGAGACGGAGUGUCGUGCGCAAGAAGCAUGUCCCUAGGUCUAAGGUCAAGGUCACACUUAGAAGCCAAAGGUCAGAUGCAAGAAGGACUUUGUCCGGAGCAUUUCUUCUUCAUGCAUGGAGGGAUUUUGAUGUAACUUAACACAAUUGUACACCAUCGUGAGACGGAGUGUCAUGCGUAGGUCCCUUCUUUUGAAUUACUUCCCUUUGUUGUUACUAUAAACGGCUUAUAUUGUAACUUUUUCAUUACUAGUCAUAGGGAAAAAUCGAGACCACUUUUCUGUAGUACAACAUGCAUGUUACAUCCAAUUUUUGACCUAUCUCUAGUUGGUAAGGAUUUUGUGUGGAUUUACAAUAUAUUUUUCGGAUUUUUUUUAAAGAUUAACUUCCCUACGUUGUUACUGUAAAUAACUUAUAUUGUAACUUUUUUAUAAUUGACCGUAGGGAAAAACCAAGACCACUUUUCUGUGGUAUAACAUAGAUGUUACUUUCAAAUUUUAGGUGUAUUUUAAGGUAUCUCUACCUGGUAAGGAGCUUUUUGUGGACUUAGAAAAACAAAAGAAUUACAGUAAUUACUAAACAACCAUAAAAUUAAAAUUCCAUUUGGAAAUACAGGUGCUAGUGUAAAGAAGUUUGCUGUGAUGGGCGUAUAUUGUGACAUUCUAGCACUCUUGUUGACAAAUUGUCACAAAGUAUAGUAUGAUACGUUUUUUAAUUGUCCGUUUUUGAUGUUCUUAAGAAAGUUAAAGGAAAUAAAGUGGUUUCACCUUGGAAGAUGGUUGGUGUUAAGAGUAAGGUCUAACACCCACCAUUUAUCGGUUAUUGCAACUAGCGAUUUCAAGGCGGUGCCCCACUGUAUUCCUUUGUUUGUUCUGCCUUUGUUGUAUAAUCAACUACUCACUUUGUCUAAGUCUUUUUGUGUUAAUCUUUGCCAUUUACACAUCCAUAGGUGUACUACCUUAAAGUCUCAUUUUGGAGAUGUUGAGUUCUUGGAACAUUAGUAUUUCUGUUGCAUCUUUGGUCUAUUUUGAAAUCAGAUUCUUUGAAAAUCUACUGGUAGAUUAUAACUUCUGAAUUGCUCAAAACAUGAUCCACUGGUUAAGCUGUCCGCGGAUUACUUUCGUAAUCUGCUUAACGUAUUAGUUAUGGUAUAUCAUCUGUUAACACCACAAUCAUUAUUGAUAAAGAAGCCUCCAUGGUCGAGUGGUGGAGUUUUUCAAGUUCGAUUCACUUACUCCCCACCGACUUAGGUUCGAAACCUCGCUUUGGGUAUAGCUAGCUUACGGAAGUUCGGUUGUUUACCAUGCCUGAAAAAAAUGCUCGGAUGGGACACCUAGGGUCUUCCUCCAGCUUCGAAAGCUCGAAAGGUUGCCAUAUGACUUAGAUUGUUUCGGCGUAUCGUUCAAUUCAACAAAAACAAAUAUAUCGUUGUAAUCUGUAUUCUGAUAUGUCUGUAUCAGUAUAUACGGUACAAGUCAUACAGCUAAUAACAUUUUGAGCAAUUCGGCCCUUUGCUUUGGUCAAAGAUGGUCUAUAAACGUUUUUUAAUAUUACUUUUGUCGAGCCCGCUUGCGGAAGCGAAGACAUAGUCGUCCAAAUGGCUGUUGGGUGUAUGUAAAGUGUGUCAGUGCAUACGUCCGUGCGUCCAUCCGGAUUUGUUUGUCCGGACCAUAACUUUGACAUGCAUAAAGCAAUCUUAUUUAUAUUUGGCAAAAAUGUUAUCCUCAGUGAGACAGAGGAUCAUGCGCAAACCCCAGGUUCCUAUCUCAAAAGUCAGGGUCACAGUUGGAGGUCAAAAGUCAUGUCAGAUCUUGUCCGGCCCAUAACUUUGACAUGCAUUGAGGAAUCUUGUUCAUAUUUGGCAUAAAUGUUUAACUCGAUGAGACAGAGUGUCAUGUGCAAACCACGCGUUCCUAUCUUUAAGGUCAAGGACACAGUUAGCUGUCAAAUGUCAUUUUAGAGGUUGUCCAGGCCAUAACUUUGAUAAGUUUGAAGCAGUCUUUUUUCUUUAGCAUUAAUGUUCACCUCUAUGAGACGGAAUGUCGUGCGCAAACAUCGGGUCCCUUUCUCAAAAGUCAAGGUCACACUUGGGGGUCAAAUGUCAUUUUAUACAGCUGGCGGGCUCGACAUGUUUCCCGUGGGCAUCUAGUUGUAAGAUGUAUCCUUUGAUUGUUUGUAAUUCUUUGGCAUGAUUUAUUAAUAAAUACUACUUUACAUAAACAAUAAAGGAUUUGUGUAUUUAUUACAUCAUUAAACAACAAUUUGAUUGGUUUUAUAAGAUUACAUCAUAUGGUAUUAAUAAACAUUUUUUUUCUAUUUUACUAGUAAUAAGGAAGUCAUUAUACUGAGUUUUGUCUCUGUUUGUUGAUUUCAGAAGUAGGGCUCUAGUUAUCAUGGCUGGUAAUUAAUUAAUUCAUUCACUGGAUAUUUCUUUUAGAUUUUAAGAUGUUUAGUAACGAUAUACUAUAGUAUUUUUUUGAAACCAGAGACAUGUUUCACAAAAGUUCAUAGGUUCUCUCCUAAGUAUGAAUUUUUGCAACAGAUAUAAAUUAUUUCAUUUCAACAAGAUGUCAUCAAAUAGCUUAUCUUGUUCGGCUCAUGUCAGGAAUAGACGAUUAGUUGAAAUUGAUUUACAGAAAAUGAUUUUCACGAAACACAGUCCAAAUGUUGUCCUUUUAAAUAAUUUUCUUGUAUCGGGCUCAAGGGCUAAAAGCCUAAAAGCAUUUUAAAUAAAUACAGAGGUAAUUAUUAUAAAAAAAUUCUUAGCGUUUUUUGCUCUAUUUUACGAAGUGUUUAAAGCAUAGUUUAUAUUUUACAAUGUUAGUUUCGGGACAGGCUUAUUCAUUUCUCCUAUGUCAUGUAAUCUGGGAGUUGUUAGAUGGGUAUACCAAUGAUUGGCGGCAUCGCUGUACCUUCUGGAAAUAAAUGAUAACUGCUUU